CUCUAAUUUAUUAAGCUGUAAGUUAGUUUACUGGACCAAUAAGGAAAAUAACUCUGCAUUAUUUCAUUUUUAUUGCAAGUAAUGUCUGUUUGUGCGGAAAGUGCAUUACUUAAACAUGUUUAUCUUUAUUUCUUAAAACACAUCAUCGGAAAGUUCACAUCAGAAAGAAUGGCAAUUUGUUAGCCUGUGUUUUUGAUAUUUAAAAGAAAUAUUCUGCACAUCAUAUUAACAAUAGACACCACUCUGUUAAUCAUUUAAAAAAGCACCAAAACAUGUUUUGUAUGCUAAACUAGGCUAAACUUUAGUUUCAGAUACUUUGUUUUUGAUAUACAACUUUAAAUGUUGCUCUCUUUGAAUCACAAUUUAUAGCUGUAGUGUAUUAUAAUUAAAUUUAGUAAAGUUCAUAUAUUUUAUAUCUGUUUGAAACAAUGGCAACACGAACUGGAGCACCUCGGCCAGCGAAUUCAGGCACACAAGGAAAGAUCUGUCAAUUCAAACUUGUAUUACUUGGUGAAUCUGCAGUUGGUAAAAGUAGCUUGGUGUUGAGAUUUGUUAAAGGACAAUUUCAUGAAUACCAAGAAUCUACAAUAGGAGCUGCAUUCCUCACACAAACGGUAUGCUUGCAAGAUACCACAGUAAAGUUCGAGAUCUGGGAUACGGCUGGUCAGGAAAGAUACCACAGUCUUGCACCCAUGUAUUACAGAGGUGCACAAGCUGCCAUUGUUGUUUAUGAUAUUACUAAUCAGGAUACAUUUGCUCGUGCUAAAACUUGGGUGAAAGAAUUACAAAGACAAGCCAGUCCCAAUAUUGUGAUAGCUCUGGCAGGAAACAAAGCUGAUUUAUCCAACAAGAGAAUGGUAGAACACGAUGAUGCUGUAAGUUACGCUGAAGAGAAUGGACUUUUGUUCAUGGAAACUUCAGCCAAAACUGCAAUGCAUGUUAAUGAUAUAUUUUUAGCAAUUGCUGAGAAAUUACCAAAGAAUGAAGCUGGUGCUUCAGCCAACCGACAGUCAGCAGGUGUUGGUUUAACAGCCACUGACAACAGAGAAGGUUCGGGAAAAUCUUGCUGUGGCUCCAAUUGAUUUGUUUAAAUAAAGACUCAAUUCACAGUGUUGGACCCAGGAGUGAAAGUUUGCAAACCAGUCAUUAUUAGUCUAUGCCAUUCACAUUCAUCUACAAUAUAAUUCAUGUUGGCCAAAAUAGAUUAUUACACCAAAUAAUAUAUAUAUAUAUAUAUAUAUAUACUCCACACAGUAAAUAACGAGAGCUAUUUUAAAAGUUUAAUUCUGGAAAAGUUUUUUGAUUUUUUUUCAUCUUGUGAAUAAUUACUUGUGUGUUACACAGUAAUUGCAAACAACUUGAUGCAUUUGAUUUUCCCCAAUUGUUUUGUGGUUCAUUGUAAAGCUUUUAUAACAAAUCUUUGCGUCAGUAAUAUAUAUAGUGCGUGUUAGUUGCUCCAUUGAUUAUUUUAUGCUAAAACCUUCUAUUUGUGUUGCUUGUAUAAUUAGCAAAAUGUGGUCACAUUAAAACAGUUAUUUCUCAUUGAUAUAAACCAUACGUCUUAUGGUCACCCCACAGUACCCAAUUAUAAUUUCUUGCAUGUUUUCUUGUUGUGCAAUGUACAUUACCCCACUUUACAUUGAAAAUGUGGCGUAAUACCCCAUGUAUAUUGUACUCCAUCACGAAUUUAUUAUUAUUAUAUUACUAUUAUUGUGCUGUCUUAUCAUUCCCUAAUUGUAUUAAACCACUUUCAACUUUCGGAAUGACCAUGAAAUAGAUUGUAAAUACCGCAGUUAAGGUAGUGCCUCGUGAUCACUUGCAUAUACCACAAGGUACUGGGUGUUUACAGUGAUUUUCAUUCUCAAAAAUAUUUCCUUUUUGAUUUCGAUUCUCUGUACUUAGUAUAACUAAUAAUAUAAGUCACUUACGCUUGGUGACAAAAUCCAUAAAAACAUCUCAUACUUGGUAGAACGUUUAUUGUGUGUUCAAUAAAAUACAGGCGGCACG